AUGUCCGAUCUCCAGUUGCUUUUGAAUUCUCGAAAUGUCAGACUUGUAGGUGAAACUGAUGCUGUCCACAAUUUGGAGCCAGCCUCUGACGUCAAGAAUUUCCUGUCUCGCCGCCGUACUAUUAUUAUAGUUGGCGGUGUCGUGAUUGGCGUGGCUGUCUGCCUGUGCACUGGGUCUAAUCCGUUGACAAUAAUUGUUGAAUGGUCGAAAACAGCUCUCAAGUUCAUCUCGCGGCUCUUGGUAGUAGGUCGCGCACAUGGAAUACCUGUCAGAGUUUUGGAGCGAGCCCCUGAUGCUUCGGAUCGGCUUUUGGCAGACGGUAGUACGAAUAACGAAGGUAGUGCAUAUGGAAUACGCGUCCAAAGAAAUAGCUCAGUUCGUAUGGAGGGCAGGAAUGAGUUUGACGUCUCUGGGUCUCAAAAUGCUACUGGGAUAGCCGUGGAAGACAGCAGCAGGGUCGAGAUGACAGCUAGAAGCGAUACAAGGAUCCGCGUCAACGGACAAGACGUGACCAGGCAGACCGGUGGGUCCAAACGGGAACUUCAGAAACAUGGUAACCUGAUAUCCAUUUCAUAG